UGAGAAAGCUUCAUUGCGUUACCAGACGUUCAACCGUUACGUUCUAUACGGCUUUUUUCGCAAGAAACAUCGUAUACGCGAGAUCGCGUUUUCUCGUCGUUAGACGAGCCUCUUUAACGUACCACGUACCCCGCGCUACGUUCUAUCUGAAUAAAAUGGAUACUAAUCAAACGCCUCUUUCACCACCGGCCUCACCCCAAUUCAAACACAUUGAACCACUGCAGUCUUCAUUCAGCGUUGCAGCACUUUUGGGGGAUAAGCUUCUGCAGAAAACGAAGGCUGCUGACAUAAACACGAAGAAAGAUGACGACGGAAAUGCACCAAGACCUGGUUUGCCUCCAACUCCUCAGCCUUCAGAUUCGGAAGAGGAUGAACCUCUUCGGAAAAGGCGAUGCGUGGAACAAUGCGAAUUAGCGAAGUUACUCUUGGAUGGUACACCACCUCCAAGUCCAGAACCAGCCCGUGUGUCGGUGAUAAUGCGUGCCAAUCGAGAUGGUACCUACAGUCCUGCCAACUUGAUACCAAAGACUACCACGACGUGCUCACAAUCGGUUCCACGUGAUCUACAACAGAUCACCAGUCUGCAGUCGGAGUCCACCACGCGACAAAGCAUAGUGGAGCCGGAGAACAUACUAAAGAGUCUCAAAUUCAAAAUGAGCCUCCGUAAGGAAGAGAUUAUUGUAAAUAACAAAAAUACAGAUCGCGAGACACAGAAUGUUCAAACUAAAUUACAUCCUUUGGCACCAAAACCUGCACCAAUUAUGGUAACCGGACUUCUAGGAUCACCUUUGGUUCUUCCGCGAACACCUCUUUUAUUGGUAACUGCGCCUACGUCUACCACAACGACAAGUAUUGUGUCUGCCCCAGAAUCAGCUGCACGACGUCGUGUUUACGAAUGUGAGCAUCCAGGUUGUGGCAAGAAUUAUUUUAAGUCAUCCCAUUUGAAAGCACACACGCGAACUCACACGGGAGAGCGGCCGUUCUCCUGUCCCUAUGAAGACUGCAGUAGACGGUUUUCAAGGAGCGACGAACUUUCACGGCAUAAGCGAACGCAUACUGGCGAAAAGAAGUUUGCCUGUACAGUCUGUCAAAGAAGAUUCAUGAGAAGCGAUCAUUUGGCGAAACACGUGAAACGACAUACCAGAGACAGAUCGUCCAUCACCGCGAUCGGUGCUCAGGCAUCCGUCACGCAAAUGACACCCGCGCCUUUAAGAGUAAGCUUACUCCCUGUUAUAGCGCCACGAAUAACGCAACCUGCUCAACAAAUAAUUCCACCGCAAUUAGCGGCUUAAAGAAUAUGAGAACAGUGACAUAAUAGUCACUUAAUAUGGUUUAAACUGUACCUAAAGCUGUGAAUCAAGCUUUAACUACCGCAGGAUUGAGAACCAUUCCAGCAUCGCGGGAAUGUUCGAAUUGAUUGUCUUUUUAUGGAUAUACAAGAGGAAAGUUUUCGAUAGCGAUAAAUGUUCUCGCCGAAAAAACUUAAAAAUAUUACACGGAGGGUUUUCACGAGUUAUCAAUUAAAAUAAAGUAAACAUUAGUGGAGAACAUGUCCAUUUCUAAAUGUUGAGGAGUUACAAGUAAAAGUAUGCUCCCAUUUGCCUUUUUGAAUGUGUGUCGCGUUGUGAUGGUGUAAAACGAGUUUAACGAAAGGCGUACUUAAGAGGGAAGGACCUAAACACGAGGAGCGGUUACAAGUCAUGAAAACGAGGCUUUUUUGCCGUCCGUGAACCAAGUACCUAAGUGUGUCUGUGAUCUGUGAUGCAUUAGCGCGUUGACCGAGAAAAGAGUAUUUAUUUAAAAAUGCAAAGACAGUUUUUAUCAAUUAUGUACAU